GGCCGGCGGAAGCAGAAGUCGGCCUCCCAAGAGAUGGCAACGUCUUCUGGUUCAGGGUUUCCGGAACCCGCCGCCUGCCUAGCAGUAAAAGCCAGUUUGGUUCAGGCGGUCAUAGUAGAGGAAGCUCUGCGGCGGCACCACCAGCAUGUUCGUGCCAACCAGCUAUGAGCUCGGCAUCGUCAUGGCUCUGUGCGCGCUGUGUUGCUGGGGGAGCUGGAGCGUCACCCUCGUACUGUCUGCAGGUCUGAUGCCGUUCCAGCUAUACUAUGCGGAUUUCGCGUUGUCUUUUUUGUUCACUGGAUUCGUCGUCAGUUAUCUGGGUGGGCAAUUCGGCUCGGGUGGCGAGGAGUACGGCUUCACGGAAUCAUACACCGAGGAAAUACUUGGCGGCAGUGCCGUGUGUCACAUUGCAGGAGCGUUCGCGGGUGUAGUCUGGAACACUGCAAAUGUUAUGCUUUGUAAAGGUAUUGCGAUGAUGGGUAACGCCAUUGGGUUUCCUUUGUGUGUUGGGGUCGCGAUGGUUAGCGGCGCCGUCAUCGGCUACGUGAGAGAAAGAGAAGGCGACCUCAGGUUCCUCAUCCCUGGCCUCGGAUUUGCGUUGUGUGGGGUCUUCAUGGUCGGGCUUCUCUCCUAUCGAAAAGAGGGCGAGCUUGAACCUGCACUCGUUGAUGACGUGAAGAGGCCAGCACUCGAUGAUGACAGUGAUGAGACAGACUCGGUUCCCGAGCCAGGGCUUUUCCGGAAGUUUAUGGUGUGCUCCAUUGGCGGUUUGCUGCUGGGCCUCUCCAACAUCUGGGUGAGCAAAGCGACUGGUCCAGGUUGUGACUUGUCACCGUACGCCAACCAGACAUGUUUUGCUGUGGGCGUCUUCGUGUCCUCGAUUGUGCUCGUGCCACUUAUCACGUGCGUUCCCCUAGAAGGUGGGGAAGGAGACGACCUUUGUGAGGUGGCUGGAGGCUACGCGGAGGUUGGGUGGCGAGGGCACGCCAUGGGUCUACUGGGCGGCCUCAUCUUAUGCGCUGGCUUCUUCUUUUUCAACCUGGGGAUCAAGCCGCUUGGGCUCACGAUCACCUACUGCAUCGGCCAGUCGGCCCCGCUGGUCGGCAUCUUGUGGGGCACGUUUUUCUUCCGGGAAUUCGCGGGGACAAGUGUUCGCCAUGGGGCCUCGUUCCGGUGGUCUGCGGCCUCUUUGCGGUGGGCAUCCUGCUGCUCGCGCACGCCGGGGGCUGAGGCGCGAUCGCCAGUAAUUAGCACUCUCAAGCUGCCGGGCUCCGUGGGCGUCUGCCCUGGUCGAGGUCUUGGGUGGGAGGGGUCGCUCUCAAGGAAGACGGCCCCCCCCCCCGGAUACCCACAUGGCCCUUCUUAUGAGAGUAAACGGCCGCCCCCUCGGCGCCCCCCGCCCCGGGGAGCUCUGAGACGACCUUCCCGGGGCUGACCGCUGCUGAUGGCCCCGGGUCCCGCGGCGGGGAGGAGACAUCGCCAGGCUCGAAAGGCCGACCCUUCGGAGUUCCUCCCGCACGACGGGCGAGGGCGCUCGUGCGCGCGGGAACGCGGCGAGCCUGCGCCCGAGCGCAGCGCCCGAUGAGGCUCGGCGCCCGCGAGGGCGGAAGGUGCCCUCCCACGCCUGCGCCUCGCCCCAACGAGCGCCCAGGCGCAUCCCGGCCACGGCACGACGUCAGGGCUCCUGCCGCUGGCAGCGGCAGCGGGCACCGGGGCGCUUUGCGCAUCCUCCAUCCUCCUCCUCCAUCCUUCUCCUCCUCCUCCUCCUCCUCCU